AUGACUGGUCGCGGUAAGGGAGGAAAAGGAUUGGGUAAAGGAGGCGCCAAGCGUCAUCGUAAAGUUCUUCGUGAUAACAUCCAAGGUAUCACCAAGCCGGCUAUCCGUCGUUUGGCUCGUCGUGGUGGAGUCAAACGUAUCUCUGGAUUGAUCUACGAAGAAACUCGUGGUGUUCUCAAGGUCAAUCGCCACCCUGUAAAUGAGCGUGUUCAGCCGAACUAA